AUGAAAUGGAAAAGAAGAGGUCAUAUAACUAUCGUGUGGUUAUGUCUGUUCAUGGCGCUGAAAUUGAUAUGCCGGGAAGAUGCAAUGCUUGCCUCGAUACUAAUUCGAAUUGCAUUGGCGGACGUUUUUUGCGAUAGUUGUUCGAUUAUUGCGCUGGAUGAGCCGACAACCAAUCUGGAU